AUAGUUCCGCGCAUCAACAAAAAACAAUUCAUGUCGCUUGCAAUGACUGGGUAUAAGUAAGGGCCUUCAGGCGCCUUCCCCCCGACAUUCCUUCUUCUGCUUAGUACACUCACUCUAGUCUUUCAUUACCAUGAUUUUUCCAAAUUCUUUGGCAGUUGCAUUCGUCGCCUUUGCGGGCGUUAACGCUGGGCCAUGCCGUCCUUCAUCAUCGGAUACUACGAAUGAGGCCACUACUACCAUCACAAGCAACCUUGAAUCAACGACCAAGGCUAACACUUUCAUUCUGGAUACCACCGAGACUACUACCGCCACAUCCGCUCACUCCGAUGAGUCCACCACGACCAUCCUCACUGUGACCGAGACUUCAGCAGCUACUGAGUCUGACACCACUACCCUCUUUACGACCACCAGCCAAGACCUUCCCACUACCGUUACUACUACAACCGCCGCCAUGACCACCUCUGAGGCUCCCGAGACUCCCGCACCUCAAUGUGCUGAUCUCGCCAACCCCUACGUCGCAGAUGAUGGCACCGGAUAUGAGCUCAGGUGUAAUUGGAGAUUUGAUGGUUACGCAGAUCUCGAGUAUUACACAGAUAGCACGAUGGAGAAGUGCAUCAAGGCUUGUGGUCAGAAUGGCGAUUGUAACUACGCCCAGUUCGAGACUGAAUACAGUCUGUGUAUUUUGAUCGGAACGGGUUUCGACUAUUCUAGCAAUAGCCCUGGGUUUGCUGUUGCUGUUAAACAGAGGCCUAAUUGAUCGAGGGCUCUGUUAACGAGAGAGAUGCUAUUCUGUUCAAAUAUGUUUUUCUGUAACAAGUAAUCACCCAGUGUCUUUCUUAGCUUGCUUAGUUUGACUGCCACUUAGUAUCUCAUGCUUCUUAUUAGACUAUGAUAUAUCCUUAAUUGCAAGGUAUCAUAGAAAAGAAAUAAUGUUAGUUUUCUUGGUAUUAUUUGGACUCAACUUGGAAC